GGAGCCAGGGCCGGAGCCUCGGUUUGCUCUCUGGUUCCUUCGCAGCUGCGCGCUGGUUAACUGGCUGCCUACGGGCACUGUGCUCCACACUGCACGCAGACUUUCUCAGGCUUAAAAUCUAAUAAAGGAGUGACUCACUAGAACAAAUACAGGAGUUAUUUCACUCUACCAAUAUGAAGAAAAGGGGUGCUCAUCUCUUUUUGGGUAUCAUCUUCCUGACUCUGACUGGAGUUCAAGGAAUCCCAGCAGUAAAGAAUGGACGCUGUUCCUGUAUCAACACCAGCCAAGGGAUGAUCCAUCCAAAAUCCUUAAAGGACCUUCAACAAUUUGCUCCAAGCCCUUCUUGUGAGAAAAUUGAAAUCAUUGCUACAAUGAAGAAUGGGGAUCAAGCCUGCCUAAACCCAGAUUUACCAGAAGUGAAAGAACUGAUUAAAAAGUGGGAGAAACAGGUCAACCAAAAGAAAAAGCAAAAGAAAGGGAAAAAAUAUAAAAAAACCAAGAAAGUUCCAAAAGUUAAAAGAUCUCAACGUUCUUCUCAAAAGAAGACUACAUGAGCUCCCACUUCACCAACCAUUAUCUUGUGUUAAACAGGUUCUUUUAAACUAACUGAAAUAAAUCCUGAAAGGGAUGGCAUCUUAAUACAAAAGCUUGUUGAUCUGACUAGAAAAUUUGCAACAUUAUUUUGUACUUGUAAUUAAAUCUAGAAAAUUGCUUUUCAAAAUCCAAAUGUGAACAGUU